UUCAGCUUCUCUUCUGACUUCCUCCACUUUCCCUCCUCCUCCUCUCCUUCUUGCAGGAGUUACUCCUCUCCCUUUUCUGCCUCUUUCUCAUGACUUCAUCCCUCCUCUCUUUGUGUCUCAGCCUGCAAACAGAGGGGGCACUCUAAUGGACCUCCCUCAGGUUUCCCGUCCCUCCACUCCUCCCUCUUCUUCACUGUCUUUUUCUCUCCUCCCCUUACCCCCCUCCUCCUGUCCCCUGCUCCUUCCUCCUCCUUUCCCCCCCAGAUAAGAAGGGGGCAGAAGUGAUUUUCUUCAGUCACUUCUGGAGUCACCAGAGGAGGCUGGAGGGAAAAUCCUUCUUCACGUUUUCUUUUCAUUUGGACUUUCAGAGAAAAAAGGAUUGAAUCCAUUUCGUCCUCUUUACCCACAAUCCUCUGCUGUUUCAUCAGCUCUUCGUAUCCUGCUUUGUUUCUUCAAACUGUGAGAAGAAGGACCAACAUUUGACUGAACAGAGACAUGAGCAUCUUCAUCUCCAGUGAGGGGGGGGCCGGAGUCCCUCAGGUGUCUUUGGUUUAAUUGAACCGCCGUCAUCAGGAAAGGUGAAGACAUUGCAGCGUCAGUCCUCAUGGUGGCUCCAAAGACUCUGGAGUCCUGCUGCUCCUAAGGCAGGGGAGGUCAGAGCUAACACCUACCUGAGAUCCAGCGCCGACAGCAGGUUGGUCCUGCAGAGGAGAGUGCGCCAUGAAGGGCCUCGGCCCGGCUCUGCUCCUCCUGCUGUGGAGCCUGGCGCUCCUCGCUCCUGCAGCCGCCGCAGAACGAGGAGGAGCUGGAAGGAGCCAGCGGAGAGGAGGUGGAGGAAGCUCAGAGAAGAGGAGGAGGUUCCAUCGCAUCCAACAUGGCCACUGCAGCUACACCUUCCUUCUCCCAGAGCUGGACGGGUGUCAGGGCGGCGGCUCACCUGUGCAGGCGGAGCAGCACGGGAGCUCUGGCGGCGAGACCAUUGUGGCACAGAGAGACUCGCCACCUGUGGACGGAGAGUGGUCCGCGCAGAAGCUGCAGCACCUGGAGAGCAUCAUGGAGAACAACACGCUGUGGCUGCAGAAGCUGGAGAACUUCAUCCAGAAGAACCUGAGGAGAGGCGUGGCCAACAUCCCGUCUCACGUUGUCCACAACCAAACGGCCACGAUGCUGGAGAUCGGAACCAACCUGCUGACGCACACGGCGGAGCAGACGCGGAAACUCAACGUGGUGGAGGCCAAGGUGCUGAAUCAAACCUCUCGGAUUGAGAUCCAGCUUCUGGAGAACUCUUUGUACACCAACAAGCUGGAGAAGGAGCUGCUGCAGCAGACCACUGAGAUCCGGCAACUGCGAGACAAAAACAGCCGCUUGGAGAGCAAAGUUCAGAGGCUGGAGUCUCAGCAGAGAGGAGAGCUGGAGGACAUGAGGGAGGAGAAGAACAAGCUGCAGUUAGUGGUCCACACUCAGAUGACGGCCAUUGAGGCUUUGGAGAAGCAGCUGAGGCUCGCCAGCAGCAACAACACGGCUCUGCAGAGGCAGCAGGCGCAGCUGAUGGAGUCCGUGCACACGCUCAUUGCCAUGGUGACCAGCACCACAGGUGCACGUGAGCGAGCACACACACUCUCAGGUGCAGUCAGACGGCAGCUCAUCACCAAACCGCUGUUUGCAGGCCCGCCUCCUCAGAGCCAGGCGUGGCGGGACUGUGCAGAUGCUUACAAAGCUGGGCACUCAGUCAGUGGACUGUACCAUCUCUACAUCAGCAACAGGACCGAGCCUGUGCAGGCGUACUGCGACAUGGAGACCAGCGGUGGAGGCUGGACGCUCUUCCAGCGGCGCUUCAAUGGCAGCCUGGACUUCCAGAGGAGCUGGAGGGAGUAUAAAGCGGGUUUUGGAGACACGCUAGGAGAACACUGGCUGGGGAACGAAGUGCUGUACCAGCUGACCAGCCAGAGCCAAUACACCAUGAGGGUGGAGCUUAAGGACUGGGAGGGGAACUCUGCACAUGCCCAGUACGACCGCUUCACCCUGACCAGUGAAAGACAGCAGUACAGGUUGUAUCUCAGAGGUUACAGCGGGACGGCAGGUAAGCAGAGCAGCCUGAACCCCCACGGGGCCGGCUUCAGCACCCGAGACCAGGACAACGACAACUGUGACCACUGCAAAUGUGCCCUGAUGCUAACUGGAGGUUGGUGGUUCGACGCCUGUGGAUUCUCCAACCUAAAUGGGAUCUACUACACCGUGGGCCACAACAUCCGGAAGCUGAACGGCAUCAAGUGGCACCACUUCAGAGGUCCCAGCUACUCUCUGCGCUCCACUUCCAUGAUGGUACGACCCUACGACUUCUGACCACGCCUCCAAAGGACUCCUGAGAGCUGCCUCUAAGCGUCAGGACCCCCCAGUGGACCCUCAGCGUCUUUGUAAAAUCCUCCCUGUGGCGUUCAGCGCCCACCCUGAAGCCAUCGCUCCCUCGGAUCCAGAACAGGGGAUUGAGGUUUGCUGGAAGCUUCCUGCAUCUCAAAGGGUUUGUUGUUAUGACGUGUCCAUCCUCGUCUUCAGAACACUUUCAAGGGGUUUUGAGCUCAGAACUUCAGGACAAACCCGUACAACAUUAUACUCCAGUUUAGUAGAUUCUAAGAAACCAAAAAACCUUUGAAACAAUGAAGCUGUGAGAAGAUGAAGACGUCACACGGUGAACCUUCCACUAAGAAAGGGACAUUCAGAGGCUCAACCUGAAGAGCAGCUUCGGUUUCUGCAGCCUGUCUGCCUUCAGUUUUAAAAAGAGGGUCUUCCUGCAGCAAAGUGGCGUUUGUGAUGGAGACUCUGUGGAGCGUGUGGGUGAGAGACAAAGAGACCACUGCAGUCAGACCAAAGACCAUAAACAACAGCCUGACGCGUCCGGAUGGGUCCAGUCACAAACUGAAGUCUCAUUGAUCAUUCUGAUGAGCUGGGACUACAUCAGCAGAUGAUCGGGGGGGAUUCCUGCCUCCAGGCCCUGAACCACAAAUGUGGUUGGACUUCUGUCUGACAUGCGGAAACAGACAAAUAAUAAAGUUUCUAGAGCGACUGUCUGAGCAGACAGAAACUGUGGGGCUUUCAGGAAUCAAACAGGAAGAAGCAAAUGAAAAAACACCGACAGGUACAAUCCAGAUCAAACCCAAUUUUAGUGUCUGGAUGAAAGUUUUAGCAACAAGACAAACAAAAGAGGAAAAAUAAGAAGGAACAAACUAAAAUUGUGACCCAGCAGAGUCUGAAUUCUGAGUCAAAGACUUUUCCUGUUUGGUGUUUUUGUGUGAUGCUCAUGCAGACGGACAUAUUUAUUGUAUUCAUGGCAUUGGACUAUUAAAGUGAUCUACGUUUUUGUUCAC